UGUGAAAUAUUUUUCUAGUGCGGACAUUUUUUGAGCAUUUCAGACGAAAUUUAGUUGCUAAUAUAAUUAAUAUUAAUAAAUUGUAGAAAAAAUUAUUCAAAAUGAAUGCACCUCCAACAUUUGAAUCAUUUUUACUUUACGAAGGUGAAAAAAAAAUCAUCAAAGAAUUGGACACAAAAGUGACGAAUGCCGCCAUAUUUACAGUCAACAAAGAAGAUCACACAUUGGGAAACCUUAUUAGAAACCAAUUGUUGAAGGAUCCCAAUGUUUUGUUUGCCGGCUACAAAGUACCUCAUCCUUUGGAACAUAAAUUCGUUAUACGUAUUCAAACAACAGCCGAUUAUUCGCCUCAUGAAGCGUUUAUGAAUGCAAUCACUGAUCUUUUAGCCGAACUUUCACUUUUUGAGGAAAGGUUUAAGGAUGCUAUAAAAGAAAAGAAAGAGGGUGGCGAUUAAUAUAUACAAAAAAAAAAAAUAAUUUUAAGUUAAUUGUACUGCAACUAUUUCAUUAAUUCGACGGAAUAAAUCAGAUUUUUAUUAGAAUAAUGUAAA